AAUUCUUUCAAAAACGAUAGGAUUUACUUUUUAUAGAGGUUUCAUCAACAACACGAGUAAACAGGCAAUACUUGAGCCGAAGACUAAAGUGAACAGAAUCGCAGGAAAGAUGAGGAGUGUGCGAUAUUUGCAGAAAUUUUUGCGACCCUCUCUUCGGUGUCAGCAGGUGAGAUGUGCAAGCUCUGCGACAAACUAUGACUACAAUACAUACAUAGCUGCUAAUGAACCCAUGUAUAACUACGGACCAGACUCAAAAGAAAGAAAGCAGCUGGAGGAAGUCCUAGAUAAAUAUCGGAAUAAAACAGAAGAUAUUCCUAUAGUUAUAGGAGAUGAAGAGUUUAGAACCAAGGAUGUGCGGUAUCAUGUUAUGCCAUUUGAUCAUCAGAAGAAAGCAGCUAAAUUUUAUUAUGCAACUCCAGAAAUUAUCCAAAAAGCUAUUGACAAUAGCUUAAAGGCCAGAAAACAAUGGGCGAAAACUCCAAUAGAGAAGAGAGCUGAGAUUUUUAUGACAGCAGCCGAGAUGAUAAGUAAAGAGAAGAGAAUGGAUUUAUUGGCAACCACGAUGAUUGGCCAGGCUAAGAACAUAUGGCAGGCAGAAAUAGAUGCUGCAGCAGAGCUGGUUGAUUUCCUAAAAUUUAACUGUCAGUUUGCAAGAGAUAUGACUUCCUAUCAGCCAUUGAGCCCUGAAAUAGACACUGUCCAGAAUUCUGCUGUCUACAGAGGUUGUGAGGGUUUCUGGGCAGCCAUCACUCCAUUCAACUUUACAGCCAUUGGUGGCCAUCUUUGUUCUGCUCCUGCUUUGAUGGGUAAUGUUUGUCUGUGGAAGCCUUCCGACACUGCUAUGCUGUCUAACUACACAGUUUACAAAAUCUACAGAGAAGCCGGCCUCCCUCCGGGUAUUAUUAACUUUGUGCCAGCAGAUGGACCCGUGUUUGGUGAUGUCAUCACAAAAUCUCCUAAUUUAGCAGGUGUCAAUUUCACUGGCAGUGUUAGAACAUUUAAAACUAUAUGGAAAUCAGUUGCCCAAAACUUAGACAGCUACAUUUCAUACCCAAAGUUGAUCGGAGAAUGUGGAGGAAAAAAUUUCCAUUUCAUCCACAAAUCGGCAGAUGUUACAUCAGUAGUUGUUGGUACGAUACGGUCAGCAUUUGAGUAUGGAGGACAAAAAUGUUCAGCAUGCUCACGGAUGUACAUUCCACAAUCCAUGUGGCCAGAGGUGAAGCGGAAAAUGCUGGAUAUCCUCAGUCAAAUCAAACUAGGGUCUGCUUUAGACAACACAGUCUUCCUAUCAGCUGUUAUUGAUGACAAGGCAUUUAAAAGAAUCAAAUCAUAUAUCGACUAUGCAAAGGACUCCCCCAACCUGACUGUGAUAGCGGGAGGUCAGUGUGAUGAUAGUCAAGGUUAUUUCGUAGAACCCACCCUAAUUGAGACAACGGACCCACAAGAUAGAAUUAUGCAGGAGGAAAUCUUUGGCCCAGUGUUGACUGUGUUUCCAUACCCUGAUGAUGAAUACAUGAAGUACGCAGAACUGGCUACCAAGACCUCUCCAUAUGCUUUGACAGGGGCUGUUUUUGCAAAGGAGCCUAAAGCAAGGGAGGAAUUAGUGGAUGCCUUCCAAGACGUGGCAGGAAACUUUUACAUUAAUGACAAAUCAACAGGAUCUGUAGUGGGCCAGCAACCAUUUGGUGGAGAUCGCUUGUCAGGAACCAAUGACAAGGCAGGUGGCCCCUAUUAUCUGACCAGGUUUGUGUCGAUGCAGUGUGUGAAAGAAUCAAAGGUCCCCCUUGAAACUUGGAUGCUGCCCUCUAUGAAGUAAAUCUUCAUAUGAAAACAUAUGAAAGACUCUCCAGAGUUUCCAAACAGAUGUAAUGUUGUAUCAGUGAUCAGCAUGUAAUGUAACAUUUAUCCGGUAUAUAAACACAUAUCAUAAUUUAGGUGUACAACUCGUUACUCCUAUAAAAUUCAUAUUAGCAUUUAUGUCCACUUUUAUUGGGGGUGUCAUUAUCUGUUGCUUGUAAGGUGAAGUUCAAGAUCAAUUGAUGCUCAAAGCAUGUGAAUUUAAAAUGAUCUGAAAAAAAUGUGAGUGUAAAACUAAAUGGGUAUUGAUAUCAGAAUCUCAAAGUUAUAAUGAUAUGAACCAGUACAAUACAAACUGCUUGAUACUCGCUGUCAAUUUUCAUUGAUACUUUUGUUGAUCAAUAUUAUUUUUUUCUUUGUUGAAAUCCACAUAUAAUGUUGGGAGUUUUUAACCUGGUUUGUAAUUUUAUGAAUGUGUAUUAUGCAUUUAAAACAUGUAAAUAGCAUGGCAUUUGCUCAAGAAAGAGUGGUUUUCAUUUUUAUUUGUUUUCAUUUUUGUUAGUUAUUAGAUUAUUUUUGAUAUAGAUUAUGAUUGCUUUUGAUAUAGUGCUAAAAUAUAAUUUUAGGAGGCGAAAGUUACAGUAAAAUGUAGAUUUUUUCAUAUCUUUCUUCUACCUCUUAAUUUAUAGAAAUUUACAGUAUUUAUGAAGGUGCAUUAUUUAUAGCUCUCAGAUACAUGAAUUUCCAUCUCAGAAUACAUCUUUUGAAUAGUGAGUUUAAUAGUUCAGUGCAUAAAAAAAAUAUGUUCAUUAUACAGAAUUCUGCAAUUCACAUUUUGUGAAAUUAUGUUUUGUAAUAAAAAUGCUUGGAACAUUUUCAGUGUUAACCACGAUUUGCAUAAUACCUUUGUGUUAGAUUUUUUUUUUAUCAAAAGUGUCAUGAACAAGAUUUCCUUUUGAUUGAUAUUUUUUUUAUUGUUUGCUAAAUGAGAUUGAUACAUUUAUUUAUUUUUUUUAUCCCAAUUCCUAUGUCUUAAAAUUCAAGUUGUUUGCCAAAAUCUCACCUGAAUUAAUAUAUUACCUCUGUAGUUCAAUUUUAAAUUAUUGUUUUGUUUUUGUAUCAAACAUCUACAUUAGAUGGAAAUACUAUAUAUUUGUAAGUUUUGUAGCAAUGAAUACAAAUUCUGAUAUUUAUGAGUCUUGAGAUUAUAUUUUAUUUUUGCUGCAUGUGCUUCAAGCAUCACAAUACCUGUUGC